UAGCAGGUGUGUAGACGAUGCUGAUGUCACUAGCAGCUGUGUAGACGAUGCUGAUUUCACUAGCAGGUGAGUAGACGAUGCUGAAGUCACUAGCAGGUGUGUAGAUGAUGCUGAUGCCACUAGCAGGUGAGUAGACGAUGCUGAUGUCACUAGCAGGUGUGUAGAUGAUGCUGAUGUCACUAGCAGGUGUGUAGAUGAUGCUGAUGCCACUAGCAGGUGAGUAGACGAUGCUGAUGUCACUAGCAGGUGAGUAGAUGAUGCUGAUGUCAUUAGCAGGUGUGUAGAUGAUGCUGAUGUCACUAGCAGGUGAGGAGGAGCAUGAUGUCACUAGCAGGUGUGUAGACGAUGCUGAUGUCACUAGCAGGUGAGGAGGAGCAUGAUGUCACUAGCAGGUGUGUAGAUGAUGCUGAUGUCACUGGCAGGUGUGUAGAUGAUGCUGAUGUCACUGGCAGGUGUGUAGAUGAUGCUGAUGUUACUGGCAGGUGUGUAGAUGAUGCUGAUGCCACUAGCAGGUGAGGAAGAGCAUGAUGUCACUAGCAGGUGAGGAGGAGCAUGAUGUCACUGGCAGGUGAGUUGAUGAUGCCGAUGUCACUGGCAGGUGUGUAGAUGAUGCUGAUGUCACUAGCAGGUGUGUAGACGAUGCUGAUGUCACUAGCACGUGUGUAGAUGAUGCUGAUGUCAUUAGCAGGUGAGGAGGAGCAUGAUGUCACUAGCAGGUGUGUAGAUGAUGCUGAUGUUACUAGCAGGUGUGUAGAUGAUGCUGAUGCCACUAGCAGGUGUGUAGACGAUGCUGAUGCCACUAGCAGGUGUGUAGACGAUGCUGAUGUCACUAGCAGGUGAGGAGGAGCAUGAUGUCACUAGCAGGUGUGUAGACGAUGCUGAUGUCACUAGCAGGUGAGGAGGAGCAUGAUGUCACUAGCAGGUGUGUAGAUGAUGCUGAUGUCACUGGCAGGUGUGUAGAUGAUGCUGAUGUUACUGGCAGGUGUGUAGAUGAUGCUGAUGCCACUAGCAGGUGAGGAAGAGCAUGAUGUCACUAGCAGGUGAGGAGGAGCAUGAUGUCACUGGCAGGUGAGUUGAUGAUGCCGAUGUCACUGGCAGGUGUGUAGAUGAUGCUGAUGUCACUAGCAGGUGUGUAGACGAUGCUGAUGUCACUAGCACGUGUGUAGAUGAUGCUGAUGUCAUUAGCAGGUGAGGAGGAGCAUGAUGUCACUAGCAGGUGUGUAGACGAUGCUGAUGUCACUAGCAGGUGUGUAGACGAUGCUGAUGUCACUAGCAGGUGUGUAGAUGAUGCUGAUGUUACUAGCAGGUGUGUAGAUGAUGCUGAUGCCACUAGCAGGUGUGUAGACGAUGCUGAUGCCACUAGCAGGUGUGUAGACGAUGCUGAUGUCACUAGCAGGUGUGUAGAUGAUGCUGAUGUCACUAGCAGGUGUGUAGAUGAUGCUGAUGUCACUAGCAGGUGUGUAGACGAUGCUGAUGUCACUAGCAGGUGUGUAGACGAUGCUGAUGUCACUAGCAGGUGUGUAGAUGAUGCUGAUGUCACUAGCAGGUGUGUAGACGAUGCUGAUGUCACUAGCACGUGUGUAGAUGAUGCUGAUGUCAUUAGCAGGUGAGGAGGAGCAUGAUGUCACUAGUAGGUGUGUAGAUGAUGCUGAUGUCACUAGCAGGUGAGGAAGAGCAUGAUGUCACUAGCAGGUGUGU